CUUCACCGUAGAAAACAACCUGAGAAGUGAGAAAGAAACACCCGUGGGUUUCGUUCUCCCUCACUCCUCCGUCCUCCCUUACAUUCGUUUCUGUUCGUCUCAGACCAGAUAGAAAAAGAGAAGCGAAGGGGCUAAGGUUCUCCAAUGGCUGAAAACAAGCAAAUCCCUCCACAGUUUGACCUAAAUUCCAAAUGGGAUGCCUGCUUUGAUCUCACGCUUCGUCGGGUAGUUUACUCCUCCUCGGCUGGUGCUCUUGGCGGUCUCCUCUUCUUCAGGAGUCCUGUGACACGAUGGGCAUCUGUAGCACUUGGUGCUGGUGUGGGUAUUGGUUCGGCAUACACUGAGUGUUCUUACAUAUUUGAUGGGCCUCCUCCAAAGUUCACUUCUUCAAAAUAUUCACAAUCUCCUGCUUCUCAGGAUAAGCAGGAUUGAGAUUGGAGACUGCUCUAGGGAUCCUGAAACGAGUUUUUUCGUUUUCCCCUGAAAAUUUUUAAGUUAGGAAGAUUUGCUUCUCUACUCCUAUGUUUGCUUUUAGCCACAGUACCAAGUGUUACCUGAAAGGAUUAACAUUUUAUGGCUAAUGCCUACAAAUAUCAUACUAA